AUGUAUAGACCACCACCCGGAAGCUAUCCACCUGCUGCAUAUGGCGGCUCACCCAUACCACCACCACCACAAGCCAUGGCGCCUAAUGGACAAUGGCAAUCACCAGGCGGUAUGCCACCUAUGCCUCCUGCUGCAAUUUGGAAAGAACACACGACGCCUGAAGGAAGAAAAUACUGGUACAAUAACGCUACGAGACAAAGUACCUGGGAGAAGCCUGAUGAUCUUCUCACACCCGAAGAAAAAGUAUUCAAGGGCUCCAACUGGAAACAAUACACAACGCCUGAAGGCAAAAAGUAUUACAGCAAUUCUGUCACCAAGCAAACGGUAUGGGAAGUGCCUGAAGAAUUGAGAGAGCAACUCGAACAAGCAAGAAGAGCAGCAUCCAUGACGAAUCAAAUGCCUCACCCUCCACCUUCACAUACAAUGCAAGCAGCUUUAUCAACACCCUUAUCCGCCCAGUUCAUUCAAGCUGCACCAGAAUAUGCCACCAAAGAAGAAGCCGAAAAGGCAUUUUUUGGAUUACUAAAAGAGACCGGCGUCAAAUCAGACUGGACAUGGGAUCAAGCUAUGCGAGCCAUCAUCACGAAACCAUUAUACCGCGCAUUGAAAACCAUUGGUGAACGUAAAGCAGCAUUCCAUCAAUGGGCGGAUGCCGAAGCGAAGAGAGAGCGCGAAGAAAGAGAGCAAAAGGAGGCACGUCAAAAGAACAAUUUUUUCAACAUGCUGAAACAGAAAGAUUUAAAGCCUUACACUCGAUUCAGAACUGUGGUCAAGCUGUGUGGCCAUCUAUCCGCCUUCAAUGCAGUGCCUGAAAGACAACGUGAGAUUUACUUUGAAGAGUAUAUUCAAAACAUGCAGCGCGAGGAAAAGGAUAGAAUGCGAGAUUUGCGAAAAGAGAGCAUGGACAAGUUUAGCCGACUGUUGCGAUCAAUUCCUGAAAUCACCUACAAGACAUCGUGGAAGGAAGCACAAGAUUUGUACAAGCAAUACCAACACAACACAGAGACAUUUGAGGGCAUGGAUAUGCUGGAUUUCUUGUCUGUGUUUGAAGAGUACAAUCGCCAGUUAUGGGAGGAGCCUUUGCAUGAGUUGAAUAGCAAGAUUCAUGCCAGAAGAAGACGGGACAGAAAGGCAAGAGAAGGGUUCAGAGAACUGAUGCAUGAAUUGGUGGCUCAACGUAAAAUCAAUGUGCGCACCUUAUGGAAAGAGAUAUUCCCUGUCAUCAAAGACGAUCCUCGCUAUCUAGCUGCUGUGGGAUCUCCCGACUCUACGCCUCUGGACAUGUUCUGGGAUGUGAUUGAUGAUUUGGACGAACAGCUGUACCACCAGAAAAAGACAGUAUACAAUGCCCUCAAAAAGGCUGAUUUGGAAGUUGAACUCGACACGCCCUUUGAGGCGUAUUCACAGGCUGUGCAAGCGGAUGCGCGUGCGAGGGAAGAAGUCAAUCAAGACAAUCUGCGAUUUAUUUACGAGCACUUGCUGAUCAAGGCAGAACAGAGAAUCAAGGAUGAAAAGCGUCGUCAAGAAAAGAAGCUGCGAAAAAAGCUGGACAUCUUUAGACAUGCCCUCAAACACGCGUUACAGCCACCUAUUCAGUUGGAGGAUACUUGGGAAAUGGUCAAGCCUCGCGUAGAACAUAUGCCAGAAUACCAAGAUGUAGAGGAAGAAGCAUUGAAACAAGAAGUCUUUGAUAAAUACUUGAAACGCCUUGCCGAAAAAAUGGAAAACGGUGAUGAAGAGGAAGAAGAAGGCAUGAUCAGAGAAGACGAAGAAGGUAUGAUUAGAGACGAUGAGGACAUGAGGGGUGGUAGUAGUAGUCGACGACACCGUAGAAAAGAUCAUGACAGCGAGAGCGAAGAAUACAGAAACAGAAAGAGAAGAAAGCGACAUUCAUCUAAAGGCUUUUCGAGUGCUGAAGAAGGUGAGGCUCUUGAUGACUAUCAAAACGAUCCUCGAAGAAUGAAGUAA